GUUUUUAGCUUACUAGUUCAUUUGCUUUGAGUGUAGAUUGUCACACUUUAUGUUCAUACAUAUUGUAUAAUUACAUAGUGUGAGGAUUAUGCCUGAGUAUUAAUAAUUUAGUUGCUGUGAACAAUGGCAGCUGAUCCGGUGUAUGGCAAUUUUGAAUCUCAAGACGGAGUUCGGAGUGAUGAAGAUGACGACCCAGUAUACGGAAACCAUGAUACUCUCAUAUUCCGGAAAAUUGUAGAAGAAAAUUUAACCAUAGACAACAUUAUUGGGUCAAGAUAUCAACCGCCGUCCCAUUUCCCGGCAAGUCGGCCGCCUCAGAGCAGCCAAGCGGCGGAGCAAGCGAAAGGUGGCAGCGAAUGGAUGCACGUGAUUGACUCCGAUGAUGGAUGGUCGAGUGACGAAUUUGAUGACAUUACUGAUCAAGAUUCAGUGAACACCAACCAACCUCAUGAUAAAGAACCAGGGGACGUGCCAGUUCUCAGACGAGUGGUAAAAUUUACCAUGGUAAUUCCGAUGACAAGUUGUUAGUGAGUACCACUGCUGU